GUCUCCGUUCAGGGAGAGGAGGGGGUCUCAGGUGUUUAUGUGAUACCCCUAGUUUUUCGGAUUUUCGUUUCGUGGCGGAACCCAGUGACACCAUUGUAAUUAAGGGUAGACCCACAACGUUGAAUUGUGUGGCUAAGGGUCGCCCCCCGCCAAAAAUCGAAUGGAAGAGAGAAGGGACGAUCUUAGAAUUUAUAGACGAUUCCAGAAGGUCAGUCUUGUCAAAUGGUUCCCUAUAUUUUAGUAGUGUUUAUCACACGCGGACGGAACGACCUGACGAAGGUCUUUACCAGUGCCUCGCUACAAUCAAAGAAAUUGGUACAAUUGUUAGUCGGACGGCGAAGCUACAAGUAGCAUCACUACCUAGAUUUGAUGAGCAGCCUCAAGAUGUGACUUUAUUUCCUGGACAGGCUGCUUAUUUACCUUGUGUUAUUCAGGGUAUUCCUCCAGCAAGUGUUUCGUGGGAGAAGAAUAGCCAGUCUUUACAAAUAGAUUAUUCACGCAUGCUAGUCCUACCAAGUGGUGCCCUUGAAAUCAAACGUGUGAAAAUUACAGAUGAAGGAAGAUACCGCUGCAAUGCUUCAAAUGUAGAUAAAUAUAGGAUCAGUGCUGAAGGAUCACUGUCAGUUAAUCCAGAUUAUCUUGAGUCUUACAAAAGAAAAAGUCCAGAAUUUAUUACUACUCCUAAAAGUAUCAUUGUAACAGAAGGAACAAAUGUUACACUGGACUGUGCUGCAAAUGGUAAUCCACAUCCCCAGAUAACUUGGUUAAAAGAUGGAAGCACUAUUGAACUGAAACAGGUUGAAAGUCACUUUAAGAUGCUUGGCAUAGGAAGUUUACUGAUAGAGAAUAUACAAAUAGAAGAUGAGGGUACCUAUACGUGUCGUGCUGAAAAUCUGGUAGACUCGGAAGAUGUGACUGCAACUGUUGAAAUACAAGUUCCUCCAAAAUUCAUAAAGAGACCACAAAAUAGAUACGCAUAUGAGAAAGAAGACAUAGAAUUUGAAUGUGAAAUCUAUGGUCAACCUGAACCAACUGUCCAGUGGAUCAAGAAUGGAGAGGUUAUUAUAGAGAGUGAAUAUUUCCAGAUUGUGAAUGGGUAUAACCUCAGGAUCCUGGGUAUGGUUCGUUCAGAUCAGGGAAUUUAUCAAUGUAUUGGAAGAAAUCCAGCAGGAAAUAUCCAGGCUUCUGCUCAACUAAUUAUUUUGAAUCCAAACUUACCACUCCCCACCCUUACCACCCAUACUUCUGUAACUACCCCUCACGUUAUAGAUGACCAGCCUCUUCGUGAAGAAGUGCCUUCAAGCCCUCGAAAGCUAACGGCUGUCAUUGUUUCUACACGAUUUGUGACCAUAACCUGGCAACCACCAGCCCUGGUUAAUGGAAUUAUUAUUGGAUACUCUGUUUACUACAAAGAAGAAGGCUCAAGCAGAGAGAGAGUAGUGAAUACAACCAUACCUCACUUGGAAGAAGUCAGUAUUCAGGGUCUCCGAUCUUCCACCCGCUACACCAUCCGUGUUAUUGCAUACAAUCAACAUGGACCAGGAAGCAGUUCGAAUCAAAUUGCUGUAGAAACCAAAGCUGAAGUUCAUGUUCCAGGUUCUCCACGCAACUUACGUGCAAUAUCUACCUCACCAACUUCUAUCCAAGUACAAUGGAGUCCCCCUGAUAAACCAAAUAGCCAGAUAGACAGAUAUAAACUUUACUACAUGGAAGCAGGAGCUUCUACUGAGCAUGAAAUCACUACCACUGAUACCAGCUACGUUAUCAGACACCUGAAGAAAUUUACUAAAUACAGUGUUUGGGUAGUGGCUGUAAACAAAAAUGGACCCGGGAUCAGCACAAGAGAGGUUUCAGCUCAAACAUACUCAGAUACUCCAAGUGAACCACCACAAAAUGUCACUGUUGAGGCCUCCAGCUCCACAAGUUUAAUAGUUCGUUGGGAACCUCCACCCAAGGAGUCUCAUAAUGGAAUUAUAACUGGUUAUAAAAUUCGUUACAAAGUUCGAGGAAGUCGGCGGGGUGAAACCAUAACUACUGAUGGAAACAGGAGACUGUAUGCCAUAACAGGCUUAGAACGAGGUGGUCACUAUAGUGUCAAGAUUGCCGCACUUUCAGUAAAUGGCAGUGGACCACCAACACAGUGGUUUACUGUUGACUUGUAUGAAAAUGAUCUUGAUGAAUCUAUUGUUCCUGAUCGACCUAAAAGUCUCCGAGCAAGACCAAGUGCUACUUCAAUAUUUGUUAGCUGGACUCCUCCUCGCAAUCAAAAUAUCAUGAUACGAGGUUACACCAUUGGUUGGGGAGUUGGCUUUCCUGAUGUUUACACUAAAGUUCUUAAUGGCAAGCAACGGCAUUACACAAUUGAAUAUCUCCAACCAUCAUCAGAGUAUGUAAUCAGUCUUAGAGCAUUCAACCAAGUGGGUGAUGGCAGACCCAUUUACGAAACAGUGAGGACACUCGUUAAAAGCACACCCGAACCACUGAUUCCAAUGUUGCCACCCGUGGGUUUGAAAGCCAUUGUGCUGUCUCCUACAACUGUUGUGCUCUACUGGACUGAUACAACUCUUACUCAGAACCAGAUUAUUACAGACAGCAGGUUCUACACAGUUCGUUACACUCCUUUCAGUUAUGAAGCUCAUUCCAAGUCCAAAUUUUACAACUCCACUGACCUGAAUUGUAUGAUCGAUGAUCUGAAGCCCAACACGCAGUAUGAAUUUUCCGUAAAAGUGGUCUUAGGUCAACAGGAAAGCACUUGGAGUAUGAGUGCCUUUAACACCACACAAGAAGCAGCUCCUUCUUCUCCACCUCGAGAUCUGACUCUGGUACCUUCUGAAGAUGAAUCUACGGUGGUGAAUCUCCAUUGGCAACCUCCAAAACAGCCAAAUGGACUUAUCACAGGAUAUGUCAUCUUUUACACAACUGAUAACACACAAAAAGAUAUCAACUGGGUUGUGGAAGGUGUUGUUGGAGAUAAAAUGACAACAACGCUUAAAGGACUUACUCCAGCUACAACCUAUUAUUUCAAAAUACAAGCACGCAACAACAAAGGCUAUGGCCCCUUUUCUACAGAAGUGAUCUUUGUCACAGAUAAACACAAAGUACAUGCAGUAGGUGGAAAAGUUCAAGAAACCGGCAGUGGGUUGACUAACACUACACUGCACAUCAUCAUCAUCUGUGUUUCUGUGUUUACUUUGCUGUUUAUCACUGUUGUUAGCAUCAUGGUGUGUCGUCGACAACAGGGCUGCAUUUUGAAGGGAACAAAGAAAGGAGAAGGAAAAAUAGCAGGAAAAAACAAGGAUAUUAAACCACCUGACUUGUGGAUACAUCACGACCAGAUGGAACUUAAGACUUCAGAUAAGCAACUUGGUACUGAAGCUCCUAUGACCGACACUCCAAUUCCACGAAAUUCUCAAGUUUUAGGGGAUGAAUCAAUGUUGGGAACUUUAGAGCUCAGAAAAGAUUGCUACCUUGCAGAUGUUAGAGGCGAGGACAAUAGCAAUAAAUUCACUGAAAACUAUUCACUU